AUGAACUUGAUCCGACUGGCCGACAAAAUAAAGAGCCCUCUUGUCUUUGCCCAUGUACGUGCCUCGACGGCAGGCCAUCCCUGGCAGUACGGGCGUCUGAUGUUUAUGCACAAUGGCAACAUUGCCAAUUUCCACUUGAUCAAGAGAAAGGUUCAAGAGUCCUUGCCAGACGAGAUCUAUUUCAACGUGAACGGUAACACAGACUCUGAAUGGGCAUUCGCGGUCUUUCUUAGUCAGCUCAAAACCCCACUCCAGGCUGAACCGUUUUGCCAUCAGGAGCUCCAGGAGGCCGUGGUCAAGACGAUAGCCAAGCUGAAUGCCUGGAUCAAGGACGCUGCCAAUGCAACGACUCCUACGACGCCCGGCAGUCUCGGGAUUGCCCACGACGAUGGAGCCUCGAUGAUGAACUUUGCUGUCACGGACGGUGUCACGGCGGUCUGCUCGCGGUACAUCAGCUCGAGGCAUUUGGAAGCCGCAAGUCUUUACUACUCCUCGGGGAACCGAUUUGAGAAAUGCAACUCGUCGCAUUACCGGAUGGUGAAGGAUAAUAGGCGGCAGGACAUGGUGGUGAUUGCAUCGGAGCCUUUGACGUUUGAGAAGGCCGACUGGUUGACGAUUCCGACCAACUCGGUCAUAGUGGUGACCAGCAAGAUGAAUGUGUUGAUCUACCCCGUCGUCGACGAAUACCAUAACCCGAUAUCUCGGGGACGUGGUAACGUGGAGCAAGAUAUCCCUGUUGUCGUUGCUGAAUUGAAGGGCGAGAACCGAGCGGAUGGAGCGAGAGACACCGAAAAUCGAGAGAUUGUCUUUGUUGAGGGUCAAGUACAGAAGCCAACUGCGCUGAGUAUUGAGAUUAACAUCCGAAACGGUGACCUUACUGGGUUUGAUAGUGGAAGCAGUGCGCCUUCGACACCUACCUCAUCCUCACAGCCGUCAUCCUAUAUACCCUCUUCACCCUCGGCCUCCUCCAUGUCCUUGUCGACUGAAUCUCUUCGAUUGCCUGCAGUACCCGGAUACACCAAACCCUCUGGUGAGGACUCUGUGGAUGAAGAGUGCAAUGGUAGUGAUCCCGAUUAUGGCCAUGAGGCUGACAACGACGACGAUGAUGAUUCGGACAACGAAAUUGAGGCAGACUAUCGGAUCUUCCCUAGUAAGAGACGCGCUUUGUCUGGCUUAAAAUCCUCCUCCCUUACCGCAAGGUUUGGUACUCCUAGAGCUUCUCCUGUGGCCCCGGUUACGAAAGUAGCGACGUCGAUUGAGCGGAACGCAGGUCGAGACCGCUCCUCCUCGUCUUCGGUGUUUCUUCCACUGUAG